AUGGCACGAGUUUUUGCUGUUGAACCACGAGUCGCAAAAGGAAUCAGGAUCUUGAUAUGGGCUUUACUGGUGGCAUACAUUCCGAUUCAAAUCCUUCGGAUUGUCAACUGUUAUCCCAUUCGGACAUAUUGGGAUCCAGAUGUCAGAAACGCACGAUGUCUCAACCAACGAAAGAUCUUCUUUUCAGAUCUGUCGCUAUCGAUUGUCACGGAUUUGGUCAUUCUGUUGAUUCCAAUACCGUUGACUUGGAAACUCCGGAUUUCGAUAGGCAAAAGGAUCAAGAUCGUGCUGCUUUUGGGGGCCGGUGGAAUCGCUACAGCCUUGACACUCUUCCGUGUUGCUAAAGCAGUUGACUUUUUGAACUCGGAUGAUAUCACUGUUGAUUAUACACCGAUUGGCAUUCUAACGGCUCUCGAGAUUACUAUCGGCUUUGUCUGCGCCUGUCUUCCCUCUCUGAACCUCCUGAUCGAGCAUCAUGUCCGUAAACGUAGACGAGCACGAAACCCAAAUUGGCCACGCGAUCGAACACGCACAUCCCUGUUCAAGAAGCGCUUCCGAUGGAUCAGUUCGUCUACAGAACACAUGCCCUCUCGACCAAAUCGGCCUUCAGAUGGAAUGAUUGACUUGGACGUGGAAAUGGCCAUGUUGACGGGGCAGCCUGUACGAUUACGAACGGGACGAACAGCCAGUGCUGAAUCCCACGAUAUCCGACCACUCGACCAUCGACUUAAUUCUGGCGACGGACGAAGAGAGGGAUGGCUGUCUCAGAAUCGGGACGAACAAGAGGAGGUCCAGGACAGCAAGUUCAUCAUGCGAAUGGUGGAGGAAUCAAGAGCACGAGCAGACGAAGGAGCCAAAGAAUCAUGGUGUCCAGUCUGGGAUGGACCGAGGGAUCCCAUGGCAAGUCAAGGGAGUUGGAAGUUUAGCGUACGGUCGCAUUAG